AACGGGAAGCUGAAAAAAAAAAAAUCCUGUCAACUAAAGUGCACGUAAGCUUCUGCUCCGCAUUUUCUCGUCUUCUCCGAGCUGACCGCGGCGAGAAAAACGAUUCCGAGCAUCGUCGCCGCUGUACAAAUCAAAAUGGGCUGCUUCUUCUCGAAGAAAUCCAAACGGAAGUCGGAUAAAGAGGACCUGACGCCGACCACGACGACCGUGGAAACUACGACGACAAGCAACGCGGUUCCCCUUGGCAACAACACCGACGAGGCUCCGAAGCAGUACAGCUGGGACAAGAGGGAGAAGGUCGAUCCCAAAGACUACAUGCUGACGGGGCUCAAAGACGUCACGGUGGGCCGUCUCCCUGGGAAACUGAACGGACAGCAGUUCGUGAUCCAGGAGUGCGAGAACUGCAACAUCUACGUGUUUGACCACUCGGCGACCAUCACCAUCGACGACUGCGUCAACUGCCGCAUCGUCCUCGGGCCCAUCAAGGGCAGCGUGUUUUUCAGAGACUGCAAGGACAUCAAGUGCGUGGUGGCCUGUCAGCAGUUCCGCACGCGGGAUUGUAAAAAGAUGGAGGUGUUCCUGUGCUGUGCCACCCAGCCCAUCAUCGAGUCGUCCACGGGCAUGAAGUUUGGCUGCUUUCAGUAUUACUAUCCGGAGCUGGCCUUCCACUUCAAGGACGCCGGGCUCAGCAUAUUCAACAACAACUGGAGCAACAUCCACGACUUCACGCCGGUGUCCGGCGAGAACAACUGGAGCUUGUUGCCAGAGGCCUCAGCGGUUCAGGAUGCUGUGCCAGCCCCAGACGCUGAGUCCGAGUUCAAGUCGGUGCGGAUCUCCAGUGACCCGACACGCAGCAUUGUGCCUCUGACAAAGGGAGGGAGGCGUAAGGACAGCGAAGAGUCCUGCCUCUUUGUCUUCUUCGCCGGAGAGUACACCACUGCAAAUGCCCGCAAACUGAUCGACGAGGCAACUGCUAAAGGUUUUGUGCUGGUGCAGACUAAGGAAGUCUCGAUGCACCCUGAAGAUGUGAAGAGGGUUUUCCAGAACAGUGCGGAGGAUCUGGUGGAGGCGGUCACCAGAGGCCCUGUGAUCGCCCUGGAGCUGAAUGGUGACGGAGUUGUGGAAGCCUGUAAGAACAUCGGCAAUGACAUAUUCAGUGGCACCAAGGUUUUUGUCUCUGAUAACAAAAAUACAUCCUCUCGAGAUGUGGACAGCUUCUUCAACUUUGCCGACAUGCAGAUGGGCUUGUGAAUGAUUGAACAUCGACACAAACUGCUCGUCAGUUACUGAAUCCUUUUUUUUCUAAACCACCCGCCGCCCAGCUCGGGUUGGAUCGUUUGCCUAUUUUCAUCCCCCAUAAAAUGGGUUGAAAUGGAAACUAUUAAGGACUAGCUUCACCCCAACCCCCUAUCAUCCAAAAAUAUUUGCUGUAAACAACUUAACAUCCAUUAGUUGCUAUGAUUGCUGUGAAUAUUUAUAUUUCUAUGAAUGUAUUUGAUAAUCCUGUCGCUUUUUAUCGAUUGUGAAUGUAGUUCUUGGCUGUACGUGUAAUUCAUUUUAAUUUAAAGCUUUGUUUGUCAUCACUGUCUGAAACCGUCGUCGCUGUGGGGAAAAAAACACGAGCACAAGGAUGCCUGAGGGAAAAUAUUUUUUAUUUAUAUAUCGUAUUUUUUAUUUCCUGUACGGAUUUAUUUGUGCAUGUGAUUUAGAUAGUGGACUUUUUCUUUGUUUACGAUUUGUACAUUUGAAACACGCUGUGUAGGUGAUACCAACAUCUUGUUGACAUCUGUUAGGCCAAAGCUGAAUUGUGAAAAGGUCGAGUGGGUCUCGCAUACGGUUUGAUUGGUGUGUAAAACACUUGUAACGAUGCUGGGUUUUAAUGUAGGCAAUUCAUGUGAUCAGUUUAAAAAUAUAUAAAUAUAUAUAUUUUGUAAUUUUUGUUUUAUACUGAAUGUUUUUGUAUAGAAUUUUUUUUUGUUUCCAUUAUCAUUUUAAGUAAAGGUUUAUUAUGUGUGACAUAAA